AUGGCGCUCAUCCCUUGCCCGGACCCUUCUGCCCCUCAAAUCCACAAGCUCCCGCAGUACACGUACAUCGACGCCCUCCGGUGGCUGCCCCACCUCUCCACAUUCACCCGCCACAUCCUCCUCGCCACCUACGACGCCGACACCUCCACCCCUUCCCUCCAAACCUUCGCCUUCUCCCCUUCCGAAAAUGCCCCUUCCCUCACCCCACAAGCCUCCGCCACCGCCUCUUCUAGAAUCGCCUCCUUGAAAAUCUCCCCCUCCCCCUUAACCCCCUCCAAACCCCUGGUCGCCGCCGCCACCUUUUCCGGCACGGUCCUCUUCUACUCGGCAGAUUUGAUAAACGGGUCCUUGGAUUGCGAGUUCUCUGUGCCGGAAAAGGGGUUUCAUUCGGGCGCCGUCUCGGGGAUUGAUUUGAACGAGAAUGGCUCGGAGUGUGUGAGCGUUGGGGAGGAUGGGAGGGUUAAUUUGGUCAAUUUGUCUUCCAAGGGAGGUUUCAAGAGGGUUUUUGACAGUAAUGGGUUGGUUUCGUACAGUGCGGUUAAGUGGGCUUCUCCGGUGGAGUUCGUGACUGGUGCUUUUGGGUUCGGUCUUCAUUGGUGGGAUCAGAGGAAGUCGGGUGGGCCGGUGGCUACGUUUAAUAACAAUUGGACUAGAGGAUCAGCUUCAGGCAUUGUUCACUCCAUUGACAUCCAUCCAUCACGAAAACACACAUGCCUUGCAGGAGGCUCUUCUGGUGUAGUAUUUGCUUGGGACACUCGUUGGCCCAAACAGCCGGUUUUGCUAUCCGGGGUCGGUUUUAGUGAUACAAAUGCAAAUUCGAUAGUCGAAAGUGAUGUUUGGGAAGUCCAGUAUGACAACUAUACGCAUUCCUCAAAGAUUGUUAACUCAUCAUCAUCUUCUUCUCGGAUUCUACCUGCUAUGAUAUGUUCAGAGGAUGGGAUCCUUGCCGUAAUCGAGCAAGGUGAAGAACCAAUAGAGCUAUUGGCCGAGCCUUGUGCAAUAAAUAGCUUUGAUAUCGACAGACAAAACCCGUCGGAUGUGAUAUGCAGUUUGGAGUGGGAAUCCAUAGCCAUCUUGACUAGGCCGUAA